CUUGGCUGGAGAAAAAGCGUGAUGUCACCUCACGGAAGUGAACAGCUGUCCAAGUGUCACUGAUCCUCGGCCCUCGGCUCGUUCAACAUGUUCGACAUUUGUUCUGUCUCUUGAAAAAUAAGCGGCCGACCUAAGAAAACUUGAAGUGAUUUCCUUCGCAUUUGUUUGCGGACCUCAUCAUGGAUCUGUUUGAAGAUGAUAAUAUAACCACCACUCCAUUUCCUUACUAUCCUUCAAAUAAAACCACUUGUAAUUACAUUAAUAAAACUGAAUACCAAUACGUUGACCACUGGGAAGGCAUACCUGAGAAUGUUUUACUCAAUGUGGUAUCGUGGCUUAUUCUUUUGACCUUGUUUUCUGUGCUCAGAAAACGAGCUUGGAAUUAUGGGCGAAUAGCACUUGUUCAGAAAACAGAAGAAAAAUGGACACAGCUAUUUUAUGGAGCUGUUGAUGAAGGUGUUGGGGCCAGCGAGCUUGAAGACUCGGUGGCAUCACUGGACUCCUCAAUCCAGAUUGAUCAAGGCUUCUGCAAUUGGCUAGUUGCCAUUUUCAAAAUCAAGGACAGCAAUAUAGCUCAAAAAUGUGGACCAGAUGCUAUUCAAUAUCUUCAGUUUCAAAAGCACAUAAUCUUAUAUGUAGCAAUUCUCACUGUGAUUUCACUAACUGUGGUGCUGCCUAUCAACUUUCAAGGAGAAAUGCAAGGUGACGAAACAACAUUUGGUCACACUACUCUCAGCAAUCUGACACCAAACUCUCCUUUGCUAUGGAUCCAUGUUACACUGGCUAUAUUGUAUCUUCCUUUGGGAAUAAUCAUCAUGCGCCGUUUUUCCGUGAACAUCAAGGUCACAGAAAGAGAGGGUCAGAGACGCUCUCGAACUCUCAUGAUUACUAACAUUCCUCGUAAAAACUGUGACAAAGAUGAUCUAAUGCGGCAUUUUAGAGAGGCUUAUCCAGAUGUGCACAUUCAUGACAUUCAACUAGCAUUUGAUGUUGGUAAAGUGAGCUCAUUAGAGAGAGACAGGUCCGAUGCUUUUGAAGCAAAAACCUACUGUGAAAAUUAUCUUAAAACCACUGGACUUCGUUUGGAUAUGAGACCACACGUAUGUGGAAACACAUGUUCAUGCUGUAACUUUUUUGGCUACUCUCCUACUGUUGAUGCGCUGGAGUACUAUGUGGAAGAAGAGCAUCGGUUGCGAGAAAAGGUUGAGUCAGAACGUAUUGCAGCAUUAAAGAAGCCUCUUGGAAUUGCUUUUGUUACAUUCAUGUCUGUAGAGAAAGCAAAACAAGUUUAUCGUCAUCACCGUUCCACUUUUGGUUGUGGCCAUGACCCCCCACAUAGUAGCAUGAGCAACAGUCUGAAACCACACAGGUGGCAUGUUACAUUUGCCCCCUCACCAGCUGACAUUUACUGGGAAAAUCUAUCCAUGCCUUCAAGAUACUGGUACUUGAAGGCUAUAACUAUCAACAUUGUGCUUUUUAUUGUCUUGUUUUUCCUGACUACCCCUGCUAUCAUUGUAACAUCUCUUGAUAAACUGAAAGUGGAUGAAAAAAUUCGUAAAAUGAGCCCUGUGCUGUCGGAGUUUGUCCCAGCAUUGAUGUUGGUGUCUGUUGCUGCCUUCUUACCGGUGCUUGUUGGCUACUCUGACCAGUGGCUCAGCCAUUGGACAAAGUCUGAACGCAAUCACUCCAUCAUGGUCAAAACCUUUGCAUUUCUUCUCUUCAUGGUUCUUAUCUUACCAUCUUUGGGACUUACAAGUGCUCAAACGUUUCUGGAGUGGACAUUGCAUGCCAAAACAGAACCUUAUAGGUGGGAGUGUCUGUUUUUGCCGGACAAAGGUGCUUUCUUUGUCAACUACAUCACAACUGCAGCAUUUAUUGGAACUUCUCUUGAGUUGAUCAGAUUCCCUGACCUCUUCUUUUACGUGCUUCGUCUUUGUCUAGCAAGGUCUAAAGCUGAAAUGCAAAGUGUGAGGAAGGCCAUUCUUUGGGAAUUUCCUUUUGGUGUACAAUAUGCUUGGAUGCUGCUCAUAUUUGCCAUGACAAUGGUUUAUAGCCUCUCCUGUCCCCUGAUAACUCCAUUUGGGCUCCUGUAUAUGGUUCUGAAGUACUUAGUUGAUAAACACAACUUGUAUUUUGUCUAUGGGCCAUCAAAUAUCAGCCAACGAAUUCAUUCAACAGCCAUUAACAUAGUGAUUGUGUCGAUUGUGAUGUUACAAGCCAGCUUCCUGGCUCUUGCUGUGCUUCGUAAAGGGUUGAAUGAGAUAGCAAUAUACUCAUUGACUGGCUUAGUCAUAACCAUGUGUUUCUUUAUUGCACAUUGGCUCUUCCAUUGUUGCCGUGGUUUCAGCCCAAUUGCAUAUCAGCCUAACUCUCCUUCUCAGUCAUCAACACCAAGCCGUGAACCUGCAGCUAACCAUCGGUUUGUGCCUCAUGUUCUUCAGUCUGAAGGAUCUGGUUCACCUUUAGGUGUUUCUCGGUCUUUGAGGAGUACUAUGAGUACCAUUGCCCAUCAAGAGCUCGCAACUGUCCACAAUGUGGCUGAAGACCUAAGCAGAAUUCAGCAAGCCUGUGCUGAUGAAAUGGCCCAGUCAGAAGAGGUUGUACGAGUACAAGCCCCUGACAGUAGCACUUCUAUUUCUCAAGGGAAUAUAGUGUUAAUUGAUGUAGAUGGUGCUCGUCGAGACAUUGAUGUUUAGGCAAUGGUUUGGUGAUUUUAUUAAAGUGAGAUUUAUUUUUUAAAUGUAUAAACAGACUUACCACUGCAUGGCUGUGCUCCAAAACUCUAAUAUAAGUGAACAUUAAUUUUAUUAUGUUAAAACAGCUUGUUCCUUUUGAUGUUUAGCAAUACAGCAGGAAUGUGUACCCUAUUUGGGGAACUUGAAAUUAUUGACUGUGAUUUAAUGGCAAAGAAUAGGCAGCGGCACCAUCGAGGUGCCCUGUUAGUUGUUCCCCUCUAUUGUUGGAUCGGUAGCAUUUGACUGAACAGUAUGUGAUUUAAUGAACUGUGUAACAUAUUAGAAUCAAUUUGCGGAUGUACAUAUGAUGAACUCAUUAAUCCAAGACAGUUUUAACUUGAGUUUUAUGCUUGUUAAUUUGAGUAGGUAUCUAUUAGAAGACAUAGCUCACUGUUUCAUUGUUUGUAUAUUGUCAAUUAUCGUCUUCAUAUGGUUUGUAACUUAGUCCUUCCAAAAAUAUAAGUCGUCUUCUAGCAAAACUAGUCAGCACUCAACACUAUUUUGGCUGACCUAGUUGGUUUUUGCAAUUUUAGCACAGAAAUAGGAGAGCUGUACAUUUUCCCCCUAUAUAAUUAAUUUUAGAUUCCUAGAAAAUAUUUGAUCCUUAAUUUGCAUUUAAUACAUAGUAAUAAUAUUUGUUAGUUGGUUGCCUUUCUUAGGAUUGUCGUGGAAAGUAGCCAUGCUGUAGGUAUUUUUAUCUGUACGGACUUAAAUGUGUGAUAUUUUGUCCUUCCUCUUACAUACACAGGAUAUUGCUUUUGGUUAAAGCUUUUCUUAAAUUGCCUCUUGAAGUUCUUGAGCUUAGUGCUUUACUGUUAGUGCAUCCCUGUGGCUUGUUCCUUGUGAACAUCCCAUUUUGUUUCAGCAGAGGUAAAAUGCACAUAGUAAAGCUUGCAAGCUUAUUAGUAAUCUUUGAAAGAAAAAGACAAUUGUGGUCCAACUAGCUAAUUACUGAUUUUUUUGGAGCAUGGCUUCCUUAUUAUCUCCUUCCUCAAGAAUUUGUAGUUGUUGAAAUUUAAAAAGUUUUCCAGGUCAGGAAUGAAAUAUUUGCAAUGUUUUCAUGUCUUCAAAAGUAUUUAUUCUUUCCUCGCUUUAUUCUUUUAUUCUUUACUGUUUUAGCUUACCAAAGAAAGUAUCAUGUUUUAUUCAACCAAAUGCUGUUUUCAUGAGAUGGUUGUACCCCAUUCUUAGGUCUGCAAAAGCUAAGUUUUUGCAGCUUUUGUGCAAAUUUGCUCGCUACUAUCAUAGUUCUGUUAGCUCAUUUAUUCUUGCAAUUCCUUCUUCACCCUUUUCAUUUAAGUUAACUGUGCUGCUAUGACAAAAUUGCUGUGUAAUUUUGGUUCUUCCAAAGCUACUUCAUUGCAUAUCACUGAUUUAAUCAUUUUUGACUGUUUUGCAUGUGGUAACUAUUAGCCCUCAUUAUUGUUGUAUUACUAACUGAUGAGUACGUACUUCUUUUUUACAUGCAUGUUACAAUUGCCAAGGUGUCAAAGGGAGUUAUAUUGUGAUAUUCAAAUCUCCUUUGUUGUGAACAGCAGGAUUGAUUUGGUAUCUUGAAUAACAACGCUUUAAAUAUAUGUAUUGUUUUUUUGAGGGAGCUUAUACAGUGUCCAAUCAUAUAAUGGGUAUUAUGAGAUUAUCACACUAAGGAAUGUGUUUUUGUAUUUCAUGAAAUAAAAUAGGGUCCUUUGACAUUUUAUGUUUUUAUGUA